AUGCAGUUGACCAAGAACAGCUAUCUGAGCAAAAAGACCUACAAAAUCCCACUCCUUAAAGACAAUGGAUUGAACUACACUGCAUGGAAGUUCAGACAAACAACCAUACUAUGGAUGCGCAAGCUUGAUACAAUUGCAUGGGGCAAAGAAAAGCCACCAGCCAAGUUAACAGGCACCAAUGCCACUGACAAGACAAAAUUCAACAAGCAAGAGGCCGCAUGCUUGAAGUGGAAGCUGCGCAACAAUGAGGCGUUUGCUCAGAUCACAUUGAACAUGGAAGAUGGGUGCAUGGCCAAUAUAGUCAAGACCUGUCCUAGAUGUCUGUAA